AUGUCUGUAGAAUCCGCAAAGGAAAAGGCCAGGACAGACGAAAAGUACCAACUAUACUACGGGCCUAGUAUCCCGGGCCGCGGUGAGCCGAUCCGGCUCGCUUUUGAGGAGGCCGGUGCAUCUUAUGAGGAGGAUAUGGCCUAUACUCAGAGUGGCACACUGACGAAUUUGCUUAAAGACGAAACUCACUUUGCCCCACCGAUCCUUCGCCAUGAUGACUUGGAGAUUUCUCAAUUGCCAAACAUCAUGCUAUAUCUCGGUCAGAAGUUUAAGCUGGUCCCGGAGUCAGAUGAGGCAAAAUUCAGAGUCAAUCAAUACUUCUUGACGAUCAUGGAUCUCCAAAAUGAAGCGCAUGAUGUCCAUCAUCCAAUUUCUGUUGUCCGUUACUACGAGGACCAGAAGGAUGCUGCCAAGGAGCGUGCCAAAGAAUUCCGCGAAGCACGUAUCCCAAAACUUUUCAAGCAUUUCGAGACUGUACUCUCAAAAAAUAAGGAGAGCAAAGGGGAAUGGUUAUAUGGCACAGACCUUACAUAUGCGGAUCUUGCACUGUACCAUCUUGUUAAAGGGUUGCUAUUUGCCUUUCCUCGUGCUGUCGGAGAUAUUCUGAACGAUUAUCCGAAAAUCUUCGACCUUCAUUGUCGAGUCAAGGCUCGUCCCCGUAUUGCAGCUUACCUCGAGAGCGAGCGUUGCCCGAAGUUCUCCAAUGGUCUGUAUCGCCAUUAUGAGGAGCUUGAUUCAUCCGAGAAGGAUGUUCCGGGGAAGGGAGGAAAAGAAUAG